AUGGAGAUCAAGACAGGCCCCAAAUUUGACAUAAAUGAUUUCAAACAUGAUCCUCUACUUUUGACAGAGGAAGGAAUUCACAGAUAUUGUCCUGGUGGGUUUCACCCAGUCAGUCUCGGGGAUACAUUUCAAAAUGGUCUGUACACAGUGCACCAUAAACUAGGCUUUGGUGAAUCAGCUACAAACCUAACAUACUCAAGUGUCGGUCAAAAUGUCAUUAGCUGUCAAUGGGUCGCUUUGAAGAUAUUGGCUGCGUACAUCGAAAGGCCAAGGGAGACUGAAAAUUUGAAUCAUUUGAAGAACUCGACAAUUAUGCUGUCGACAAAACAUAUUGUCGAAUUACUUGACACCUUUCAGCUCCAAGGUCCCAAUGGAAUACAUCACUGCCUAGUGUUUGAACUUCUUGGCCCUUCCCUUGAAUCUACUCAACAAGCUUACAUUGAAUUUAACAACUACGGUCAUUAUAUCGAAUUUGACAACACUGACUUCAAAGAGCUUACUAAUUAUCUUGGAAUCGAAUGUCCCCGUGUACUUAGAAUUGUCACUGCGCUUUUCGUGGCUUUGAAAUUCAUGCACACCUGGGGAAUAUGCCACGGAGGUAUAAGUGCUGCGAAUAUUGCCUACACUUACGGUGGCAGGCAGCACCAUGUCACUGACGACAAAAUCUUUGAGGCUAUGGGAUUGCCGCAAGUGGUUCCACUGGAGCGCUGUGACAGGAUGCCGCUGAGUGAAGGGCUUCCAAAAGAGCUAGUGCAAAGUGCUCAGUGGAAUGGUUACCUCGAGGAAGCGGAAUUUGACAUUCGUCUGAUUGGCUUUGGAAAGAGUUCCCUCUACGGACAAGAGUCAGAUAAAGUCAAGCAGGCAGUCCAUCUACGGUGCCCUGAGACCAUCAUGGGAGGGAAGCAUCUCUAUCAUACUGACCUCUGGCAUGCAGGGUGUUUUGUAACUCCACCAGAUGAGCAUGACCACCAACUGCAAGACCUAUCAGAUAUAUCCCAAGGUCCUCAACAGGUACUACCAGAGGUCGCAGCAGUGACACCCGGGUCGCUGAUCAGUCAUGAAUCGCAGCAGCCGCAAGCGUCGGAACCUUUUCAAAGCGCCAAGACAACCCAGUCAGAGGCAUCUGAGAUCCCUGAUAAUUCCAAAGAGCCACAGCUGGAUCUUACGGAGGAUACAGCGGCAUCUUCAGAUGACAGUGAGACAAAACCUGGAAGCCGGAAGAGACUCCGUUCCCGUCUAGGAGGAUUGUUGAAUCAUAAAUGGAGACCAUGGAAGAGGCGUCGGGACUCUUGA